AUGAACAAUAUUAUUAAGCAACAUGCCAGAGCAAAGCAAGCCAAAAAUAAAGAAAAAUUAGACUCUGUUAUUGAAGAAAAGAUAAAGAUCUUUAAAGAAGAAGGAACAGUUAAGUAUUUAGAUAACUCAAUAAAAGAAUGUUUAGACAAGCUUGCUUCAGCAGACAAGAUUGAUGCUUCUAAUCAUAAAUGUUGGAUUGAUACUAGAACCAAAAAAGUUAAAACCAAAGGUGAAGUAACAGGAGGAGGGGAUAAGCCUUGGCGGCAAAAAGGAACGGGACAGGCUCGACAAGGUUCAACUCGUAAUCCCCAGUGGCGACACGGGGGGGUAGCUCAUGGACCAACUGGGAGGGAAAACUAUUCACUUAACAUUAAUAAAAAGUUGAAAAAAAAAGUUCUCCAAUCUCUCUUGGGUGAAAAAAUGCGUAAUAAAGAGAUAAUCAUUAUUGAUAAGAUAGAAUUAGAAAAUUACAAAACCCAAGUAGCCGAAAACAUGCUAAAUAAUUUACCCAGGAACUGUCGCCAAGUAGCUAAGGCCGCAGUCUGCAAAACUGCUAUUCGUCGGUGCAAAUCCGACCAGUUCCUCCAAGUAAAAUCAAUUUAUGAAUAG